CUUCGGGCGCCAUAUUUGUUUUGGGCAAACUCGGUAAAAUCCGCUGAAGCUCCGCCAGUUGGUCGAUCUUUAACUGGAACAGCAAACGCAGUCUGUGGAUUGUAACUAAAACACUGUAACACUUUGUGGUUGGAGAUGAUGGAGCUGAGUCUGAGUCGCUGCCUCGUCCUGGUGGUGUGUGUGAGUUCGCUUGUGAGUGGACAUGAUGAUAAUGAUGGAUACACUGCUGGAGCUCCUGGAGCUCCGGUGCGUUUGUCCGAAUCGGACCCGGGACUUCUGUCCGCACUGAGAUUCGCCGAGGAACGUUACAACAUGCUGUCUAACGGGAUGCACAUCCGCAGAAUUAGCAAGAUUCUCUCUGCUACCAAACAGCUUGUUAAGGGAGUGAAAUACAGCAUCACAGUAGAGACUGGACGAACUCUGUGUAAGAAGUCUGCAGAGCUGCAGAUUACUGAGGACUGUGAAUUUUUCCAAGAGUCACACAAACAGAAGACAGAAGUGUGUUUGUUUGAAGUGUGGAACAUUCCCUGGGAGAACAAGUCAACUCUGCUCAAACAGAAAUGCCAACCUGCUCCAACGGAAACUAAAAAAGUUGUGCGUGUCCCUCUCACUCAUGACAAGCCCACCAAGCUUGAUCUUCUUCAGGAAAAUGUUGACCUUCUGAUGCAGUUCAAAGACUUCAUGGUCAAGUACAAUCGCACAUACAGCUCUCAGGAAGAGGCCGAGAAGCGUCUGCGUAUUUUCCAGCAGAAUCUGAAAACAGCACAGACCCUGCAGGAUCUGGACCAGGGAACAGCAGAGUACGGUGUUACCAAAUUCAGUGACCUGACAGAGGAUGAGUUCAGAAUGAUGUACCUGAACCCUAUGUUGAGUCAGUGGACCUUGCAGAAACAGAUGAAACCAGCAGCUCCACCUAGUCAAGCAGCUCCGGACAGCUGGGACUGGAGAGAACAUGGAGCUGUCAGUAGUGUCAAGAACCAGGGUUUUUGUGGCUCUUGCUGGGCUUUCUCUGUCACUGGAAACAUUGAAGGCCAAUGGUUCAAGAAAACUGGACAGCUGCUCUCCCUAUCAGAGCAAGAGUUGGUGGACUGUGACAAGCUGGAUCAAGCAUGUGGUGGUGGUCUUCCAUCCAAUGCAUAUGAAGCCAUUGAAAACCUUGGAGGUCUUGAGACAGAGACAGACUACAGCUACACAGGACACAAGCAGGGCUGUGAGUUCACUGCUGGGAAAGUGGUGGCCUACAUUAACAGCUCUGUAGAACUGCCCAAGGAUGAAAAAGACAUUGCUGCUUGGCUGGCUGAGAAUGGUCCUGUCUCUGCUGCCCUCAAUGCUUUUGCCAUGCAGUUCUAUAAAAAGGGAGUAUCUCACCCUCUGAAGAUUUUUUGCAACCCUUGGAUGAUCGAUCACGCCGUGCUGCUUGUCGGAUAUGGAGAACGUAAUGGCGCUCCAUUUUGGGCCAUUAAAAACAGCUGGGGAGAAGACUACGGCGAGCAGGGCUACUACUACCUGUACAGAGGAUCCAAUCUGUGUGGAAUAAACAAGAUGUGUUCAUCUGCAGUGGUUAACUAGGAGAACAUAUCCAAGCAUACAAACACAGGCACAAAUGUUUCACCAUUCAUAAAUGCACAUAAAUACUUUUAGUGUUUUAACCUUUUUAGCUGUGAUGAGUUAAAUGUAAAAAUAUUAAACUCUAGGCUAUGUGUAACUGUGACUCUUGUGUUCAGAAUAUUAGCACCAGAGAUAGUAAAUGGCACAGAGAGAUAAAGCAUCCAUACCUCAUAGAACCUUCAAUUCUGCUACUGUGACAUGAAGCUUCAGAUCAAUAGAUGACAUUGUUACACUAGUGUAUUGUUAUAUUUGCAUUAUACUUUAAGCACUAACUUUUAAACUAAUGUUUGAGUAAUAGUUUUAAAUGUGCUGCUGUGACAUUAAUAUGAAUUUGCUUGUUAGUUUGACUACAGUGCUACUGAUUUUGGAAGCUGCUGACAACAUAACGAGGAACACUUUAGAAUUAAUUAUCAAACAACAUUGAAUAGUGUUUGUGCUAGUUUAAGAGUUAUUUUCUUGUGAUUUUCAUUUAGAAUUAGUGCUCCGAAACAGAAAUGUUUGACGUGUACGUAACACCCUAUAUCAAAUUUUUUCAACUUGAUUCCUGACGACAAAAAAGUUUGGCGUAAGACUUAUUUGAUAAAUGUCAGAGUUUUCCUUUGAAAAAUUUUGAGAUGAUUUCCAGGCAUGAUCUUAGAGGUUCUUCGUCUGUGUUUCUUUUCUUGGUCAGUCUUUUGAAUAAAGUCAUUAAAACCCCACA